AAAUUGAAGUUUUAAUGGUAAGACAUUUUUUUUGGCACCAUUAGGAGUUAAAUCAAAGGAGUUGUUGACAAAAAAUCAUGAUUAAUUAUAUCUUCCUAAAACCCUAAAUGUAGCACGUGCAGCUAAAUCAUUGACACGUGCCAGCACCAUCUGAAAUUCCACCCUUUCACGACCUUUUUAGCUACCCUCUCCCUCUGUCUCCCUUUCUCUCUCUAACUCGCUUCAUGUUUGUGCCUUCUUUUCUCUCCCCAUCUUCGGUACGCCCAAAGCUCUAAAAAUCCCUUGCCUUUGUUCUUCCGUACGCUAUUUUUUCCGAAUAAAUUCAUUCCAAUUUAAAAGGUUCAUAGUAGCUCAGUUUUUUAAGUAACUGUCUUAUGAAUCAGUUAAUAUCUGGUUCUGUUUGGCUGCCGAGAAACUCAAAAGCUUGGUGAAAAUUUACUGAAAAACAGAGGAUUUCUGGAUAAAUACCUUAUAAAGUUGGAGCUAUCCAUAGUGUGUCUUUUCAUAAUUUAAGGAUGCUGUCUGCUUUGGCUGGCUGACUUCUUAAUUUGUGUCUGGUGUAAUAAGGAUGGUGGAGCACCAUGAUGUUGUUUUAAACUUGCCUGGUCUCCAGAGAUUUAUCUUCUUUUGCUACAACUGAUUGGCUAAAUUUUGGGUUAAAUCACUUUUAAGCAAAUGGAUCGCUGUGACACUUCAGGAUUUGUUAGUGGGGGUGGGAUUUACUCACUCAACAACAUAUAACCUUAGUUUUGUGGCUAAUUGUCUUUACCCGGAAGUCAGGUUGACUGCUCUAUUGCAAUUGAGAUUUGGUCUGCAUAUCAUUAUUUGAUUUUGGCUAUCGCUAGAUGGACACCAGGUUCUCAAACUUGGGUUUUGCUGCUAAUUAUUCUUUGAAUGCAUUCAAGACUUUGGGUAGUUCAAUGCAAGUUGGAGGAAAUGGAGGUUCAUUUAGCACAGAUACUGUUUUACAUCUUGAUUCCCCUAGCUCUUCAAUUCCUUACAUGUUCACAUCAAAGGGAAUCAAGCAGAAGCGGAGUUUGAUGGAUGGAUCCAUCAGGGAGCAAGUUGGGUUGUCAUUGUCUCUUGGGCUAGGCCGCUCCUCAAGUUCCUCAGACAGCAAGGGGAGUUCAAUAACUGCUUGUGCUACCACAUCUUCAGCCAAAGAAGCUGAUGAAGAGUCCUCUAUGGAUAUUGAAUUGGACUUUACUCUCAACCCCAAGAAAUCUGCUAUUCCAAAUCUGAAAGGACUGGAAUUGCAACUAAAAGUGGACUUGGAGUUAAGUCUUUCCACUGGGUCUUCUGAAUCCGGUAUCACUACUGUCCAUCUUAUCUCUUCUCCUAUUCAGUCAGGUAUAGAGCUGCCAAUAGCAAAUGAUGGGGCCCCAAAUGCUGAUGAAGGAUCUACUUCAUGUCGUUGGAAACCAGGGAUUGUUUUGCCACCAUGGCAGAGUUUGCUAGCAAAAGAGACUAGCAUCUUCUUCGAGGAGGUUCCAAGAAGCAUUGAUCUUUCUCCCAUUGUUCCAGACCUUUCUUCAAGCAUGAUUACUACUCCAAAAUGCUCAGUCACCUGCACUUCCGGGAUAAAACGGCAACAACAGCCACAACACCGCAGCUCUAGUUCAAAGAGAUGUCAGGUUGAAGGAUGUGGAAAGGGGGCCAGAGGUGCUUCUGGCCGUUGCAUAUCUCAUGGUGGUGGCAGGAGGUGUCAAAAACCUGGUUGCCAUAAGGGAGCAGAGGGCCGGACUGUGUAUUGCAAGGCCCAUGGUGGUGGUCGGCGAUGUGAAUUUCUUGGUUGCACAAAGAGUGCAGAAGGUCGUACUGAUUUCUGUAUUGCCCACGGUGGUGGUAGGAGAUGUAGUCAUGCUGGUUGCACUCGAGCUGCCAGGGGCAAAUCUGGACUAUGUAUACGUCAUGGUGGUGGGAAGAGAUGCCAAAAGGAAAAUUGCACAAGGAGUGCUGAAGGCCUCUCAGGACUCUGCAUCUCACAUGGAGGUGGGCGUCGAUGCCAAUUUAUAGGAUGCACAAAAGGGGCACAAGGGAGCACCAUGUUCUGCAAGGCACAUGGUGGUGGAAAACGAUGCACUUUUCCGGGGUGUACCAAGGGUGCUGAAGGGAGUACGCCUUUCUGUAAGGGUCAUGGAGGGGGGAAAAGAUGUGCAUUUCAAGGUGGUGGGGUUUGUACAAAGAGUGUGCAUGGAGGAACCAACUUUUGUGUAGCUCAUGGAGGAGGUAAGAGGUGUGCGGUGCCUGAAUGCACAAAGAGUGCUAGGGGACGUACUGAUUAUUGUGUUCGUCAUGGUGGAGGCAAGAGAUGCAAGUUUGAAGGGUGUGGCAAAAGUGCGCAAGGUAGCACGGAUUUUUGCAAGGCGCAUGGUGGAGGAAAGAGAUGCUCCUGGGGCCAUCCUGGGUCAGAAUAUGGCAACCAACUUUCAGGUCCUUGUAACUCUUUUGCAAGGGUUAAGACAGGUCUCUGUGCACUACACAGCGGCCUGGUUCAGGAUCAGAGGGUUCAUGGUGGUGCAACACUUGGGCCUAUUAUCCAAGACCCUAAACUUAGCAAGUCUGGGAAGAUAAAAGAGAUUGUUACUGCUGAGAACAUGAAUGUUGACAUUAUGAAAAUGGGCAGUGGCGUAGAAGCUUCGGCAGGCAUAAUUUAUUCUGGUUUGAAUCACUAUGGAGUUCCUGCUUGUAAAUCUGUAGGCAAAGGAGGCUUCUCUACUUUUGCUCCUGAAGGUAGGGUGCAUGGAGGGAGUUUGAUGGCAAUGCUAGCAGGUGGUUCUGGUCUUGGCUCAGGCAACAGUGAGGGUUUGGCUGGUGAUCCAUCAGAGCCAGGUCUAUCACUUCUCUUCUCCGCCUUUCCCCUUCAUUUCUGCUAAUAAUGGUUUCUGGUUCUCCAAAUCUGGAGUUUUUUUAGAUCAAACUGCUUAUUCGCAUUUCUUCAGCCAUUCUGUUAAGUCGCUCUUAACCUUUUAACCCUCAAUUUUGAUCUAUCCUAUUUUACAUCCCUCCACCUUUGCUUGAUUCAGAGGUGAUUAUUCCUAUCAUGUUCUCUGGGUUCUUUAUUUUUAUUUUUAUUUUUUUCACUCCUUCAAACUAAGCAAAGGAUCUAAUCAUGUGAUUGUCUUUUGCAUCUCGCAAUGGCCCAGCAACCGUGCGAUUGGGCCUUCCCUCCACUGGAAGAGAAGGAAAAACUUAAUCAACUAUCAUUUAAGACCAGUCUUGAAAAUUGCAUGUUGCCCAUAGUCUCCAAAUCUUCAAGGACUUUGCCCCAAGCAUCUCUACAGACUUUUAUAAGUGAAAGCUAUGUGAAAUUUGUUUUGUGGAUUCCUUUAUACAUAUAUAUAAAUGAAGUUCUGAUGAAAAGGAAAAAUUAACUUUAUUUUUGGGUUAUUUCAAUUUACAACAUCUAGAAUCCCUCUUUACUCUCUCCAUCUUGUCCCCGUUUGUAAUGGUAUAUUAUUGUAUGGACGCAUUACAACAUAAAGUUUUGUAUA